AUGAUGCUGGAUUUUGAUCAUGAUGAGGUAAACUGGAAAGAUGAUCCAGAAGAGUCAUCACUUGUUGAGGAAGCUACAAAUCAUGUUGAGUUGACCAUUCGAGAUGAAGUUCUACCCAAGGUUGUCCAUGACAAUGAAGGUAUGGAGACGAAGGGAAAUCUUCCACAAUUUGAGGAAAGAGAAGUGUAUUUCACAGGCCAUAGGGAGUAG